CCACACACACACACACACACAUAUAUAUAUAUAAAUAUCUCACUAAUUAAAUCUCGAUUAUCCUUGUUCAAAUUUGCACGUCUAUAAUCCAACAGUACAAUCCCAAAAUGAAUCCCAAAAUCAAAUGCUUAACUUUGAUAAUUGCAAUUUCUGCAGUACUUAUAUCAUCGACGGAUCUUAUUACAACCUUUACUCCAAAACAACCAUUACCAUCUCUCAAACACAUAGUUGAUCUUGCCUUGUUAUUACCAUCGUCGAUAAUGUCACCCCUUGUAUCAUGCCAUUUUAGCAGGCACCAUCGCAAAAAACGACCUGACACGGGUAAGACAACUUCCAUCUGUGAUGAUUUUCACCCUCAAUUUCCUUCGGUAGACCCAAACACAACCAUCAUUCUCUGCGUGGAUCGAAACGGGUGUUGUAAUUUCACGACCGUUCAAGCUGCCGUUGAUGCAAUUCCCACCACUAGUGGAAGUGGUGGUGGUGCUACAGCUCCUACCCAGAACAGAACCAUAAUAUGGAUCAAUUCUGGCCUUUACUAUGAGAAAGUGAUGAUUCCAAAAACGAAACCAAACAUAACAUUACAAGGACAAGGCUAUUUAACCACUGCAAUCGCCUGGAACAACACAGCAAAUUCAUCAGGUGGAACGUUCUAUAGUGGCUCCGUUCAAGUUUUCUCUGACAACUUUAUAGCUAAGAACAUAAGCUUUAUGAAUGUAGCUCCGAUUCCAAAGCCGGGGGAUGUUGGAGCUCAAGCAGUAGCAAUAAGGAUCUCAGGAGACCAAGCUGCGUUUUGGGGUUGUGGGUUUUUUGGAGCCCAGGACACACUCCAUGAUGAUAAGGGUCGUCAUUACUUCAAAGAUUGCUAUAUCCAAGGCUCCAUUGAUUUCAUCUUUGGAAAUGCAAAAUCUUUAUAUGAGGAUUGUCAAUUGACAUCGAUAGCGAAUCCAGUGGCAGCGGGAUCAAGAUUGAUAGACGGAAGUCUGACGGCGCAUGGGAGAGCUUUGAAGGAGGAUGACACAGGCUAUGUAUUCUUGAACUGCAUGAUUGGAGGGACAGGAAGAGUGUGGCUUGGGCGUGCUUGGAGGCCAUUUUCUCGCGUUGUCUUUGCCCUCACAACCAUGUCAGAUAUCAUAGCCCCAGAGGGCUGGAAUGAUUUCAACGAUCCAACCAGAGACCAGACUAUUUAUUAUGGAGAAUAUAAAUGUUCAGGAGCAGGAGCUAAUAUGAGUCUAAGAGCAUCCUAUGUACAGAGAUUGAAUGACACUGAGGCCUCUAAUUUCCUUAAUGUGUCUUUUAUUGGUGCAAAUCAAUGGUUGCAGCCCUUUAGUAACUAAUAAUUAUUAUUCCAUUUAUUAAUAAUGAAUAAUGCUAAUUGUACUUAAUAUAUAAACAUUAUUGAAUUAUUUUUAAUUAUUAUUCUUAUAUAAAAUAUACUAUCUGUUGGGGUUUUAUGCCCUAAUUAAAAACCGAAUUCUUUGUAAUCUCAUUUAUUAUCAAUAAAAGAA